GUCCGAUUUGCGCGUCCCGGGCGUGACACCAUCUAGCGCGUUCACGCGAUUUGUGAAGAGGAAGACGUCCAUCACGCACACCUCUCGUCCAACGCAGGGAUUUUUGGAGGCGAAAUCUACUUCACGUCAUCAUAGUAAUAAAUAAUUUUAACAAUAACAAGGAAAAAAAAGCGCGAGGACACAAGUUCGCGGGAUUUUUCCGGGGCUUGAUCCAGCAACGAGCCCGAGGAGGAAAGGACCAAACCAGGCGGCGGGGGCGGGGGGCGCCAUGGAGGGGAUGCAGGCGUACGGAGCCGGGAAAGCCGGAGGAGCCUUCGACCCGGUCACCUUCUUCCAGCAGCCUCAGACGAUACUCCGCAUUGUGUCGUGGCUCUUCUCCAUCGUCAUCUUCGGCUGCAUCGCCAACGAGGGCUACAUAAACAGACCCAACGAGGUGCAGGAGUACUGCAUUUUCAACCAGAACCAGAACGCUUGCAACUACGGCGUCUUCAUGGGCUCCAUGGCCUUCCUGUGCUGCGUGGCCUUCCUGGCCCUGGACGUCUACUUCCCGCAGAUUAGCAGCGUCAAAGACCGCAAGAAGGCGGUGCUGGCCGACAUCGGCGUGUCAGCCUUCUGGUCCUUCAUGUGGUUCGUUGGCUUCUGCUUCCUGGCCAAUCAGUGGCAGGCAACCGACCAGCAGGACGACCCGCUGAGGGAGCGCGGGGACGCCGCCCGAGCCGCCAUCACCUUCUCUUUCUUCUCCAUCUUCACUUGGGCGGCGCAGGCCUUCCUGGGCUUCCGACGAUACAAGCUGGGGUCCGACUCGGCCCUAUUCUCGCAGGAGUACACGGACCCCAGCCAGGAUGCGACGGCCGGCAGUGGACCCUACACCUCCUUCGGUGGAGACGACCUGGAGAGCCCGCCGGGCGGAGGAGGAGGAGGAGGCGGAGAAAGGCAGGCCGGAGACAACGUUUUUGACGGCACCGCCGGCUACCAGCGUCAGGACUACUGAGGGAUUGCAGAGGUAGACGGGGUAAUAGGAUCACUUUGGUGGAGAGAGCAGGAGGUCUUCUCUUACUCACUUCCAGUUUAAAUCAAGUACAGUAGGAACUUUGAAGUCCAAAGCAAUCACUGGUAGGUUUUCAUUUGAUUGGGAUUUAGAAAGUAAAGAGUAUCCGGAUCAGUUUGUGUUCACAUUGCGAAUCGGUUCAAAAGAUUUCUGGGUUUUUUUUUUUUGUUUUUUUUUUUUUGUGAGUCAUUUAAGGUCUGAUGGGGCAUCAGUUCAGUCCAGUAGACGUACAUGGUAAAGUUAAUCCGGGUUUAGUUUGUGUUCACAUUGCAAACUGGUUUUAACUGAUCCAUUUCAGGUGUAAGCACGCCUUAAAUCAAUCCUGGUUAGGAGGAUCUUACGUUUUCUCCCCCUGGUCCAUUUCAGUUCUGACUGGGCUUCAAGUCAAUCCAAUGAAGACAUUUUCAACUUGGCAUAUUUCAACCAGCUUGUGUUCACACAUCAGUUUGAUUCGAAAUUGAAUCCAGUUCUUUUUCAAAUCAUAUGGGGCUUUGAAUAAAUGCAAUGAAAAAAUGUCUUUGCAUGGCAAAUUAGUUUGAAAGACAAUUGAGUCCUUUUUUGCUCGUCAUUUAAGGUCCGAUGGAGUCUCAAGCGGUCCAGAUUCAAAUGGACAAUGAUUGCCAUUGGAUUGACUUGAUCGAUUACCUUUUCUGCUGUUUCACCUUUUAUUUCACUGCAAGCUCGGUCAUUUUACACCUUACUUAACUCACUCAACACCCACUGACUUAAACGUAAACAGCCUAAGUAUGAAACUGCAUUGCUGCAUUUUAAACUAAAUAUAUAAAUAGUGUACAUAAACGGUUCAGUAGAUGAGUGUUUCAAAUGAUUGAAGCUUGAGGGCGUUCCGGUACCAGGAAAAUAAAAAGACAAAAGAAGGAAUAUUAACUAUGUUUUUUGGUUCUCUGUAUGCCUCAACCUUUUCUGUUGCGCGAGGAGAUAUUUUUAUUUUGGGAUAAUAAUAAUAAUGAGAGUAAAAAUACGUGACCGAGCUUUCAAAGUACAGUAUAUGCACAUAUCCUAUGUUUACUUUAUACCGUGCAAGUGUGUAGACGUAGACAUGCGUGAUGUUGCCUGUCGAAUAUGUUAAAACAAGAGUUCUCUAUUUGAAUAGGUAUACAUGUAUGUUUUGGAUGUUGUUGCUUCCAGCCGACGAGAAUAAAAGCAAAAGAAAAGCUGG